GUGAGAAAAGUGAAAGAUAUAUAUAUAAAGCAAAAACCAACAGCAAAGAUUCUCCUUAAUCAUUAUAAACACUUUUCCUAAUGCUGCAGUCUUCCUUAACUAUACAAAUCUUGGUUCAAAAAUCAAUCAUCAAUGUCAAAACCUUCAAUCAAGUUUCACAUGGCCAUUUCACCAACAAUCAAUUGCAUAUCAACUUUGUCCAUCUUUACUAUUUUCCUUACACUUCAAUUUCUGAGCAUAAUAGAAGCUCAAUCAAGAAUAUGCAGAACUUCUUGUGGUGAUCUACCAAUUCAGUACCCUUUUGGCAUUGAUGAUGGCUGUGGAAGUCCAUAUUAUAGGCACAUUCUUGUAUGUACUGCUGGUCAGCUUCAACUUAGAACUCCUUCUGGUAGAUACCCUGUUAGAAAUUUAAGUUAUACGGAUCCUCAUAUUCUUGUGACCGACCCCUUAAUGUGGAAUUGCCUAGAUGGUGACCAUUUUAGACCAACCAGGCCGUUUAGUCUAGAUACUAGCACACAUUUCACUUUAUCCUCUGAAAAUGACUACUUGUUCUUCAAUUGUAGUGAAAGUGAUGUGUUAGUUGAGCCAAAACCAAUGUUCUGCGAGCGUUUCCCUGAUCAGUGUGAUUCAACCUGUGAUAGUUCGAGUUAUCUUUGUAGGCACAUGCCCGAAUGUCCUUCUGCUUUGAGGAGUAGCUCGUGUUGUUCUUACUAUCCCAAAGCUACUGAAUCUUUGAGGCUAAUGUUGAAGCAUUGUGCAAGCUAUACUAGUGUGUAUUGGAGGAAUCUUGGUUCAACCCCCGCGUUUGAUCAGGCUCCCGAGUAUGGGAUUAGAGUUGAUUUUGAUAUUCCGGUCACUACGCGAUGCUUGCAGUGUCAAGAUACUGCUAAGGGAGGGGGAACUUGUGGAUUUGAUGCAGAAACACAGGAUUUCUUGUGCCUGUGUGACAAAGGGAACAGUACCACCAACUGUAAUGAUCGUACGGGCUCUCACAGAAGAGGAGUUGUUGCAGGGACAGCAACAGCAGUUUCAGUAGCAGGGGCAUUUGGAAUAGGAGCCGGUGUAUGGUACUUGAAGAAACUGAGAGCAAAAGCACCAGUAACUCAUGGAGUUCAAACAAAUGAGAAUAGACUCUUCUAAGAUCUUCUUUUGAAUUAAUAUUUCUUUCUUUAAUUUCUUCUUCUCUUUUCUUUAUCAUUUUUCAACUUUUUCUCCCUCCUCUUUUUUAAUUUUUUAUAUAGCUUAUUCUUGCAUGUUAAUUGGUUCUGUUUGUAUGUGUAAGGAAUCAGCUUUUGGUCUUAGCAUGUUUUGCAUUGCUUGUAUGUGGAGUAAGGAAUGUCUUAGAGAAUCUCA